UCAGCAGCAAACAAAGCCUGAAUGUCCUGUAGACUACUGCGACUCCAAGUUAGUUAUAGUGUUGCAGGAACACAAUCUUAUGGCUGCCCAGAAGAUCAACGAGGCGCACGACUACAUAGCGAAGGCUGAGAAAUAUUUAAAGACCAGUUUUAUGAAGUGGAAACCUGACUAUGACAGCGCUGCGUCAGAAUACUCCAAAGCGGCCGUUGCCUUCAAGAACGCCAAAAUGUUGGAGGAGGCCAAGGAGGCGUACCUGCAGGAGGCAGAGGCCCACACCAACAACAACACUCUUUUCCACGCUGCCAAAGCCUUGGAGCAAGCUGGCAUGAUGCUGAAGGACAUGCAGCGGCUACCUGAGGCUGUCCAGUACAUCGAGCGUGCCAGUGUCAUGUAUGUGGAGAAUGGCACACCUGACACAGCAGCACUGGCUCUGGAUCGAGCUGGGAAGUUGAUAGAGCCCCAGGACCUGGACAAGGCUGUGGACCUCUAUCAGAAAGCUGCUUCUGUGUUUGAGAAUGAGGACCGCCUGCGCCAGGCAGUGGAGAUGCUGGGGAAGGCAUCACGACUGCUGGUCCGACAGCAAAAGUUGGAUGAAGCAGCAGUCUCUAUCCAGAAAGAGAAGAGCAUGUACAGAGAGAUAGAGAACUACCCCACCUGCUUCAAGAAAACCAUUGCCCAAGUGCUAGUUCAUCUCCACAGGAAUGACUUUGUAGCAGCAGACAAGUGUGUGAGAGAGAGCUACAGCCUGCCAGGGUUUAGUGGGAGUGAGGACUGCAUAGCGUUGGAGCAGCUGCUGCAGGGAUAUGACCAGCAGGACGAGGACCAGGUCAACAGGGUCUGCACCUCCCCCCUCUUCAAGUACAUGGACAAUGACUACGCCAAGCUGUCUCUCAGCCUGCGGGUUCCAGGAGGGGGGAAGAAGACCAAUGCUGGGAGGUCAGAGGUCACGGCCGUGCAGACUGGGUCUGGGGAAGAGGAGGAUGAGUAUGCUGGCGGGCUAUGUUAGCCCCUCCCACAGGACAAAACACUUCCUGCUUCCUUUCUGGGGCUGGGUGGCUUCGUGAUGUGAGGACAUUUGAGCAUGUCUAGAGGGUUAUAAUCUCACCAGCUGUAUCUCGGGUUACGCAGCACCAGAAUCACGGUGCCAUGAGCAUGGCAGUGUUUGACAAUAAAGUAACCCGGUGGCCUGUCAUCUUUUAGUGAAUCAACAUGGUCUGCCGCUGCCUUGCAUACAUGUAAAUGUACAGUUAUCUGUAUCUGAAAUGUAAUCAUGUUUCCGAUUUCUAAUGAUGCUGUGUAAAUUCAUUUUUUUUUGCCUUAAUGAAUCUGUGUUCUGUUAAGUCUGACUGAUUGUGUAACAUAAGCAGGAAUAUGAAGGGUGGUUGCCUGUCUCUGCUGCCUUGUCUAGUGUUUUCUUUUUCCUAUUCUAUAUUCUUUCUGCAUGUUGACUUUUAAGGGAGCAUGUAGUCUGUGAGAAGGGGGGAAGGGAGGGGGUAUGGAGGGUCUAUAUUACCUGGAGGGGGGGGGUCAGGGCAUGCCUACUGAACUGUGUCGAUGUGUCUGUGUCUCUUCAGUAAACCCAAAUGGAUGAAGUA